UGAACCGGAUAGAUAAAAAUGUCAUCACCAACUGGUGGAGUUUCCUGUGUAGGAUAGUAUCAGGAAUAGCUUUUGGAAGGUGAUGAUUGAUCAAUUAUAAUUCCACGGAUUUCACGUCAUUGUGUGCAUUCAAUUUGUAAAAAGAAUGUUUGAAAGUGAGAUACAUUGAAGGUAAAUUAUGAAAGAGAAACUAUCGAUCGAGAAAGAACGUGGUAAGAAAUUAGUACGAUAGUACGAGGAUCCUAACCUUGUUGAAAAUGAAGUCUGGCACUGUGAACAAACAUAGAGGUUCUACGCUUUUAAAAACGGAAGAAAACGAACAAGUCUAUCAAUUGAUAGGAAAUCGGUGUCAGUGUUUAGCAGCUGGAGUUAUUCAAUUAUAUUUGACUGAACCACCUUUACACAAAGAAUGGAUAAAGAAAACUACAGGUAUUAUAACAUUGAUAAGGGAUAAUCCUAGACGUAGUUUUUUCCUUCGUUUAUAUUGCUUACAAAGGAAAGCAAUGUUAUGGGAGCAUGAAGUAUAUAAUGCAAUGGACUAUAAAGCACCAAUGAGUUACUUCCAUACAUUUGAAGCAGAGGAUUGUAUGACUGCUUUUAAUUUUGCAAGUGAAACAGAUGCUGUUACAUUAAGAAACAUUCUUCUUGAUAAGUUGAAUGCCAAACGUCAGAAAAGGCAACAAAGACGCUCUAAGGUAGAAGGAGAAACUCAGCAUGGUGCAACAUUGCCAUGGAGAAAUCAAAGCAACGCAUCACCUGUUGCAUUUAGUACAGGAUCAACUUCUAAUUUAUUAAAUGGAACCCCAACUACAAUUGGUGUCAAUAGGAGUGCUUCUAGUAGUUCUAUGUACAAAAGUAAAAAGAAAAAACGAGAAAAAACCAAGAAAAGAUUAACGAAAGAUGACAUUGGUCCUCCAUCCAAUUUUAGACACGUUACACACUUGUCAUGGAAUACUAGUAGCAAAGAAUUGGAAUUAGACAAAGUCGAUCCACAUUUAAAAAUAUUUCUUGAUAUAGUUGGUGUGUCGGAACAUCAAUUCAGAAAUCAAGACACGCGUGAUUUUAUUUACGAUUUUAUUGAAAAAAAUGGUGGGAUGAAUGCCAUUAGGGAAGAUAUAUCUUCAUCUGCCCCGAAAACUAAUGCACUACAACAAUUGCAACAACAACAACAACAUCAGCAACAAUCUCCAGCUGCGCCUCAAAGACAGGAAUAUCCCCCUCCAGUUCCAGCAAGAACAAUAACACAUCAAACACGAAGUGCUCCACCACUACCUCCAAAUCGAAUUAAUGCACCUUCAACACCGCCAAGUGUACCACCUAGUGCACCACCUAGUGCACCACCUAGUGCACCACCAGUUCAUAGAACAUUACCAUCUCGACCGCCACCACCUUCUUUAACUUUCGCACCAUCACUACCACCACCUCCACCUCCGCCUCCUCCUCCUCCACCACCUCCACCAGCUCCAACUCCUGCUCCAGCUCCAGCUCCGCGUUCUAGAAGUAAUUUAACUACACCUGUUCCACCUCCUCCACCAUUACCAAGUACUGAUGAUGGAACAGUCAACGCAAGUGCUAUCAAUAAUAAUAAUACUACUAGUAAUGACAAUAAUAAUGGGGAUAUCGCUGAUCUAAGGUCAACGCUUAUGGAAUCCAUAAGGAGUGGUACUAGACUUCGAAAAAUUGAUAAAUCUGAAGUAAAACAAAGUCCCCCUCCUCCGGAUUCAAGGAAUGCUUUGUUAGAAGAAAUUCGUCGUCAAGAAUUUGUGUUAAGGCCCGUUUCGAACGAAGUAAAAAAUGAACGAAGUAAACCAGCGUUUCAAGGAGGAUUAGCUAGUGCUUUAUCAAGAGCUCUUGCCGAGCGAUCAAGUGCAAUCCAUAGUGAAAGUGAUGAUUCGACUAGUGAAACCAGUGAUGAUGAUGAUGACUGGGAUGAUUAACUCAGAUGAAGCAUAUGACUCGAGGAAUAAAAUAAUGUAUCACUGUGAUAAAUCUGCUAUCAAUAAACAUGUAAACAGAUUAGCUACUUUAAAUGUAUAAUAUAAUGAUUUUGAAUUUGAUAUCCAAAGAAGAAUGAAAAUCACAUGUAAAUGUUCCGAAAAAGGAAAUCACAUAAUGUGUUAUCAGGAAGUAAGGCAUAUUUACAUGGAUAGGGCAGGUAAGGGCAGAAUAAAGGUUCUGGUAUAAUUUCAAAAGAAUUGUGACAUGCAAUUAUCUGGUCUGAAGGAGAAAAGAAGAUAUUAUAUAAAGCAAAUACGAUGUUAUAUAACACAACAGGCAUAAAAAUAUCAAUUUUUCGUUUACUAGUAUUUAUUCGUUUAACUGAGGAUCAGCAUUUGCCAAAUAAAAUGAAUACCAUGGAAACGAUUACACCUAUUCAAGCUGUUUCAAUAAAUAUUAUAAGAAAUAUAAUAAUAAUACAGUUAAGUAAAAACUAGCGUAAUUCUGUAGUGCAGUUAACAAUAUUACAAAUUCCAUGUAAAUUUGUACUAUUACUUCAAAAGUUAGUACACUUCCUGUAUGAUGAUUACGAAAUUUGCCUUAGUUUGUCCUGCCCAAUUCGUGUAACUCAAAAUACAUAUAAUUUUAAGUUAGCGACCGAUAGUCCAAGAUGCACAUUUACGGUGGAACAAAACUGUAAACGUAAAAUAGAUUUUCAAAUUAAUUGGAGUUGAUCUAUCAAUCAGAAUAGAACAAGGAAAUAAAAGUAUUAAACACAUUACAAUUUUUCUAACUUAAUACUCGAAGAGAUUGCAAUAAUUUCGAUACUAAACUGUAUACAAAAGAUACAUCGAAACUAUGUUAAUUCAUAGGAACUUCACCUAAAAUCUAAAAAAAAAAAAAAAAGAAAGAAAAAAAAGAAA